AUGACAGUUUCGUUAUUCGACAAUUCCAUAUUGCUAUCUUUGCUCCUGGCUUUCCUCCUCACAACACACAAUCCAACAGUUCAGGAUACCUUCCUCUCGUCUUCUCAGCUGAUGCAUACCUUAGAGUCUGCUGCCGACAAGCAGACCUUUCUUGACGGAGUCGACACGUUCUUACUAGACUGUGACGGCGUUAUCUGGUCAGGAAACGACGUAUUUCCGAACGUCCAUUAUGUGCUGGACACAUUACGAUCCAUGGGUAAACGACUAUUGUUCGUCACCAACAAUAGCACCAAAUCUCGGGCUGCUUAUCGGAAAAAGUUUACUUCUUUGAAUCUCACGGCUGAUGUGGACGAAAUAUUCGGAUCCUCGUAUGCAGCUGCAUACUACCUAAAACACAUUCUCAACUUUCCCGAUGACAAGAAUGUGUAUAUAUGUGGCAUGGAGGGUAUACAGGAGGAAUUAAAGGCUGAGGAGAUUUCAUAUAUCGGCUCGUCUGCCGACGACGAGAAUCUGAAGUCCAUGGACGACAUGGCCACCAUUCUCCCGGACCCAAGUGUCGGAGCCGUUCUUUUCGGGUUUGACCUAAACAUCAACUACAAAAAGCUUGCAAAAGCCUUCACAUAUCUACAUGACAAUCCGAGUGUCCAUUUCGUGGCUACGAAUUCGGAUUUGACGUAUCCGGCUGGUGGUCGUGUGUAUCCUGGUACCGGUGCUUUAUUGUCUGCUCUCAGUGCUUCGGUGGGUCGUAAACCCAUCAUUUGUGGAAAGCCUGAACAGACUAUGUUGGAUGUUAUCAUCAACAAGUAUCAUCUGAACGUGGAGAGGACGUGUAUGGUGGGAGAUAGACUGGAUACAGAUAUAGAAUUCGGUAAAUUGGGAGGUCUAAAGACAUUGCUGGUUAUGACUGGUGUUACGUCAAAGCAGGAACUUUCGACGACCCAUAUAAUACCAGACUAUGUAAUGAAGGGUCUGGGAGAGCUGCUUCCCCCUCCUUCUAAUUAA